AUGAAAAUUAGCCAAUUAUUGUGCUGUAUUGCUCUCGUUCUUGGAUACUUAUUCAUCCAAGUUCACUCACAAGCAACCUUUGAUAUCAAGGGUAAGGUCAUCCCAACCAACAAGUUCUGUAAGAGAAGGAUUGAUAUCUCCAAAGAUGACUCUGCCAAGACUGUUAAAUUCUCAACCACCUCCCUCUGUGCUGCUGAUAGAAAGAAUGGAACAGCUAUUGGAGCUUUCUCUUCAAUGGAUUAUGUUGCUUCCAUUGUUCGUUUCCCAAUUAUUGGAAUGAAAGCCAAGACAACUGUCAAGGUUGUAACACCAAUUACAAAGGUUGAACGUGACUUGUCCAUUGUUGUUGGAUCUGCUUUUGGCAUUGACAGAAUUAUUGAAUAUCAAGAAGUUAAUGGUCUUGAAGGUUAUCAACCUGGCAAUGAUACAAUUGUUAAACUUUACAAUUUACGUGAACAAAAUUGGAAGGUUUUAGAUCUCUCCAAGAAGCUUGUUGAAGGAACCAAUGAUACUUUUAUUUAUCAAGCUCUUGUUGAAGCUAACGUUACUGGAUGUUGUACUGUUAGAAUGAGUGCUGUCAUUUCAUCUGCACCAAUUCAAUUCACAUCACCAAAGGUUGCUGCUCGUACUGGUGUUACUCAAAUCUUGAGUCCAUCUUCUUUGAAGGUUACCUUUGAAUUGUUAAAUAUUCAAUAUUCUCAAUCAUCUGGCUCUUAUAUUGCUUUGGGAACUGUGGUUGCUUUCCGUGGUUCUAGACGUGAUAAGGUUUCAACUGAUAAUGAUGCAUUUGCACCAUCAAGUGGUAAUUCUAGACAAUCAACCAAUUAUGAAAAGCCAGAUGAUGCUAGUGAUGAUCAAGCUGUUACUCAAUUUGAUAAUGAUUUGAGUACUCAAUUAGAUGGUAAUCAAGCAAGUCUUCCAAAGCCAUUCUUCAGUUUCCAAAAGUUUAUUUCCAAGUACUCUUCUAGCUCUCCAACUGUUGUCACUCGUGGAAAGUUGAUUUACACUCCAAUGAACACCAUUGAAGUAUUGAACUCUGAUGAACAAUUUAUUAAGGAUUCAAUUGAAACUUCUGGAACAGUUGUUGCUCGUUUCUGGGUUUCAUUGACUGAAAGAGUUGAGAAUGCUGUUUGGGAUCCUUCCAGUGGCAGUCAAGAAAAUGCUGAUUAUUUGACCACCAGUGGUGCUAACUCUCAAUCUUUGAUCAGUUUCUUGGUUGUUUUGCUUUCAUUUAUUAUAUGUAACUUGUUGUAA